CCAGCAAGUCUCCUUUGCAGCACACACCGCUGGUCUCAGUGCCAGCUUCUACCACGACUCUUUACGACCAGUAGCGUCUUACGACGCGUCUAUGGCAACUAUCGAAACCCUGGACCUGGCAGACCAUCCUUCACAGGCGGACGGAGAGAACGCAGUUCAGCAGGGGACAUUCGUCCAGGGGUCUCCCACCAAGACAGGCGAUGAGGCUGCUUCUCCGAGCAAACCUGAUGGGCUACCGCUGGAUUCCGCCCCAGCUACGCCCUCACCCGGCUCUAGCUCGACGCCUCUUCGUCCUACUGUCGCAAACGGACAGGCGACCCCUGGGACGACACAUGCACCCAUUCUGAGCAUGCCCCAUCCCAAGAAAUUCAGCUCAGUCAACAUCAACAAGAAGUUCCUUGAGCGGAGCUCAUCAUCCAGUGGUCCUGCGCAAACUGCCUCGACGUCACUUUCAUCGAAAGCUGGAAUCACAAACCAGAAACCUAAUCUCCAGGCGACACCCUCUCAUUCUCGAUUGGUCACCGCGAAACUGACAGCUGGACCACAGCCAUCAACAUUAACGGGUCCCGGGUGGUCCAGGCCACCGUCUACUGGUUCAUCUGUGCCCACACCUGUGUCUAAUACUAACCCCAAGCCAACGCCUUUGCCUGCGCCGACUCUCUCUCAGCCUUCUGCUGGGAAGGUCCCGCCUUCACAAUCACGAACACCUUUAGAAGGUCCAACAAGCAGUCUCAAGAAGGAUGCUGGCUCAAGACCUGCAUGGGGCCAUUCCAAGCUUCCAGGUGCGACACUAGGAAGUGCUGACGCAGUGCAGAACGACUUUCCCACUGCAGCAGAAUCUGCUCAAGUUCGUGCUGCGAAACUCAAUGAGAAGCGGCAGGCCGUACAAGCAGCGCAAGCUCAAAAACAAGCUUUGGCGGCUGAGGCUGAUGCAUUCCGUGGGGUACAUUUGAAAAACGCUCAUCACUGGGAUGAGGAUGAGGAAGACGAUGCAGAUUUUUUGGAGGGUGUGAUCGACUUUGGAGACGGCAGACAGUACAAAAUACAGCCCUCUGAACCUUCACGAUCACCACCACAUGAGGUGCCUGAACUUGCUCCUGAAGCCGCUAGGCAGUUGGGGAUUCACCCUGAACGACCUGUGAAGAAGGAAGAGCGCUUUGCAGAUGACUUCGACAGAAGUUGGCCUCGUUCAAGAGGAUCCGAAUCUUUCCCAUCACCACAACCUCGAGAACGUUUCCCGCAUGGCCCACCGUCCUCUGCGUCUUCUCAAUCAAUGCAUUCGCCUCAGGAAUCAUCAAGAGUAUUGUUCAACGAGAGAUCUAAUCGCUUGGAGCCUUGGUCAAGUUCACAUCCUUCGCGAUACGGCCCACCACCUCGAGAUUCAUACUUCUCAAGACGAGAUAGUCGUUCCGAUCAUGCUGUUUCACCUACAGAGUCACGGGGUGGACGAGAACUUCCACCACAUCGCCAGGGUGUGCAGUUACUGCAGAAACCGCCUUCGGAGUCUGGUGGAGAAGGUCCUCCUCGAUCACGCGUAUUUGGCGAUCGCUUUGGUCCAGACAGCUCAAGAUUCCGCGACAAGGAUACAUCCAGACGAGAUUAUGGCCCUCCACCUCAUAUGGCACGAGGACCGUCGCAGGGGGUUGAGCAGCCUCGGUCAAGAGAGCGAGAUCAUUACAAUCCUCUCAGUGUAACACGCUCACCCGUUAUGGGGCCCGCUCGUGGUAUGAUGGGACCGCCUCCAAUGCCUGCUUUGCGCUCUCCUCAGUCAAUGAGAGACGAUGAUCGACAGAUACCGCCACAUCUGGCGAAGCUGCAAACCUCUCAGCCGCAAUCACCCACAAGUGCUGUUUCUGACCAGCACCCUCCGUUGGAACCCCCUUCAGCCACUGAAACUGCACCUAUUCUUUCGGCAACGCAGUCACCAGCAGUGUCGCAUGCAUCAAUGUCACCUCUUGUUGAAGGUUCAACCAUGCCUAUAGUUGAUAUUGACGAGGUUCGAAAGGCUGCAAUGCAUAGUGCAGCUGAGCGUGCGAAGUUGCGGAGACAGCAUGAGGAGGAAGAGCGAGAACGUGAGAGAGAACGAGCACGGAGGAAAGCUGCUGAACUUGAGGCAAAGAUGAAGGCGAUGGAGGAUGCAAAGAAGGUAUCGGAGGAGGCAGCAGUGCAAGCAGAGCCUGCACAGAAGGAUGUUUCCGACGCUCAGGUCAUUGAGAUUAUCGAGGAUGCCGUAUCUUCGGUGACAACCGCUGCUGUGGUACCAAAUGGAGCACCUCUACCAUCUGUUCCCGAAGAAGGUAGCUCCAAAACGCAAUCAUUGGCACCAAUACGAACAUCUUUCGCGCGACCACCAUCAGUCAAGGGUGUCCCUCGUACAGCUCCUGCUAGGCGCUCGUCAUUUAACACCCAAGAUGGAGCUUCAUUUGCUACUGAGACCAACUCAUGGCGUAAUACAGCUGCACCUCCACCUCCCCGAUCUGCGGCAGCGCGUGGUCCAUCGAAAUCUCUGACAUCUCCUGCAUCAGUAAUACCACCUCCGCCUUUGUCGCUACCUGCAGUAGAUGCAUUGUCUCUUGCACCCGACGAGGAACUGGAGGUUUUCGACUUCUCAGAGAUUGGGAAGAUGGUGGGUGAGAUUGCGGCGCCUCCAGCACAACAGUCGACGGCGAGAAGUCGACCUAGACCGGUAGCGAUAGACUUCUUUGAUGAUGCCGGACAGAGCCAGCCUACGGCGAACGAUGCACAGAAAGAGCAAGAGUCAUGGAGGAAAUCGGUGCCCCCGAUAACUGAAGAUGCUGCAGGGUCGCAAGAAGUGCAGUUGGAUUCAAGGCCCACGUCCUUGUCUCCGCCUGCACAAGCACCACUGUCCCAGCGGAGGUUGUCGACAUCUUCGGACGAUCACGCUCGCGUGCAUACUGGUCAUUCUCUAGCGCACCCGCUAAAGUCGCCUGUAUCGUCAUCGUAUCGCGAAGCCUCCUUGUUGGUGCUUGACGAUACCAUGGCACGUAUCAAAGGUGCAAUAGAUGGCAUGCAGAAGCCAGAGCCUACGAAGUCGGACGUCCCGAAAGCUGAACCAGCCGGGCCUGAUGAAAUCGAAGUGUCUCCGCGUCCUGAACCGCCCAAAACUCAGCUUACAAGAUGGCUUCCUCCUGCACUACGAGCUCGAGCGGUGAAUCACGAUGAGCCACCGCGUGAAAUCUUUGACGUAACAGCUGAUGAACCACCAAGAUCUCCCAAGCCCGUGUGGAAUACUUUCAGUGUGAAGUUCCCCUCAGUAUCACACCCACGAGAGCAUAUACCACGGAAACAACUCAACAUGUCAAAGACGCAGCCUCAUAUUCGCUCGGACAUCUACACCUUCGAUCCUCCGAUUGAACAUAUGAACCGACGAGACUUCCACUUGAACGAUAUCUUUUUCCGCAAGCCAUUAGUGGUGAAGGGUCGAGUCAAGUACACGGUGUUACUUCCAUCGAGAAGGGCCACCUCAUCCAAGGCAAUAGGGCCUGUGGUAAAUCUGCCAGCGAAGUCUGUUGCUGGUUUUGGUCGUAAAAACGGCGCCUCGGAUGGCUCGAGUUGGCGUAAGCCUCCGCCGUCACCUCUGAGUUCUCAGCCGGCUGUCGGUGAAGAGGGACCGCAGACGUUAGAAACAGUUAGUCGCUCCCCACCACCUGAAAGUAGUAGCGUAAAAACUACUGAAUUUUCUGAGCGACCGACUGUCAGCGUGACUGCUGCUGCUGCUGCGAAAUCACGACCACAGCCCAAGAUGCCUGCAGGAACCGACGUUGCGUUUUAUCGUGACUCGCGUGCGGAAGAUCUUUCCAAACAAGCGAAGGCUACGGUGAAGUUCAUUGUUAGCAGUGAAUUGGAGGAAGAGCCAUCUUCAGUAGUUGGUGGUUUCACGAAUCAUGAUGCAACCUCUCCAGCACCCAAGGCGGAUGCUACAGACAAAGUUGCGGUCAAGGCAGAUGGUUUAAAGCUUGCUCCUGAGGUGAAGAGGCAGUCUGCAGCCGAGUUGGGUCCGAAUAGUCCUGCACGGUCCAACAGUCUACCGUGGCCUAAACCGUCGAAGACUUCGGGUUCGAAGGACUCUCCCUCUCGUGCCCCUGAUCCUGAGCAUCUCAAGGCUGUAUGGUCAUCACCAGCUCACAAGAGCUCUGUUUCACCCGUCAAUUCAUUGGAGAACAUUGGAGAUGAUCUGACUGGUGUUCCUUUUACCAUUCAAGAUGUCAAGUCAGAAGGUGGUGAAACUCCACCACCUCCCAGCUCAGGUCCUCCUUCCAGGAUGUCAUUGCAUGAUGUGACACGGGCGUUCCAACAGGUCCCAACAUCGUCCUCAUCUUUGAGCUCCUCUCAUCGCACGGGACCUCUUUCUGGCCUCUCCUCACCUUCCGCUGCUCACCGACAACCAGUCCCAACUCAUCCUCCUUCCUCAGUACCGACACCAAAUCUGCGACCGAUGUAUCCUGCUUAUCCCUCGCCUAUGUUGAGUUCGCCGAGUCCAACUAUGGUCUAUCCUAUGUCCAUGACACCCAGUCCCGUUCCUCGGCACAUGGUAGUCCCCGGGCCUUCUCAGUAUCCUCAACCGAUGUGGGUUCCUGUACCUGGACCUCCGCCGCCUCCUGGCACGAUGAUGCGACCUAUGGCCUCUCCGUAUGGACCGCAAUAUAUGCCAUAUCCUACAGGAGCGCCCAUGUAUGCUGGUCAUCCGCAAUCGAACGCGCAGGGUAGCAUGCCCCCGCCACAGCCGAAUGGAGUAUCUAAUAGACCGAAUGGUGUUAACGUCAUGAGCCCUGUCCUUGCACAUGCCAAUCCAAUGUAUGCACCUAGUCCUGUACUAAUGCAUACACCGGUCAGCGCAUUACCUCCUGGUCAUACAUACCCCAAUCAUAGCCAGCAGCCAAGAGGGCAGGGACAAUCAAGGGGGUACGAUCAUGUCUCUGGUGUUCCAUAUUCAGCAUCUUCUCAUACUCCUCAGGGAACUUUGUACAAUGCUGUCCCGUCGAACUUUGAUCGUCCGACGUGGUGAUCUUGUUGUUUGAACCAUCGCUGUAUAUGUUAUCCUGGUGGUGAUAGUAGCUUACCAUACCCAUUGCAUGAAGUCUUCUCCUUUUCGUAGUCUUAAUACAUUGUUGUGCAUCUUGUUCCCCUUUGCUUCCAUAGACAUGGGCCGCCCACGCCCACAAGUGAGUUGACAAGGCUUCG